AGUGGGAGGAAGUGCACGUCUCCCUUCCUGGCUUCGGUUCACAGGCGAGGAAGCUGGUUCUACGCGGGCGCUCCCAGGCUCACACACACCCCCACGCCUUCGGUUCGUCUCAUUGCGGAGGAUUAUAUAAUAUCAACAUCAGCCAUGAGAUUGAAGAGCAACACACACCUCUCCUGGGAGUCGCUCUCGAUUAUUUUCUUCCUUGUGCUGGCUGUGUCAUGGAGCCCCUUGGACGCCGAGGUCGUGACCCAGAGUCUGACGAACACCUUGGAAACACUGGAGGACCUAAGCCACCCCUGCGCCCGGAAGUGUGUUGCGGGAGACAGCAGGGUUUGCCACUACACAUUCAAGGUGGAAUGGUACAUCACGAUGAGCAAAGCCUGUUUCGACUGCCCCUUCAACCUGACCGACUGCGCCCGGCCCCACUGCGCCCCCGCCGACGGCUUCGAGAGGCCGCUGGUCACUGUCAACAGGAGGCUACCCGGCCCCGCGCUGCACGUAUGCGUGGGUGAUGAGAUGAUUGUGGAUGUGGUUAACGAACUCGGCAGCGAUUCCACCUCCAUCCACUGGCACGGACUCCACCAGCAAGGCACUCCCUACAUGGAUGGCGUGCCUUUCCUCACCCAGUGCCCAAUCCCGGCAGGAAAUACGUUCAGAUAUCACUUUCUGGCUGACCAUCCUGGCACUCACUACUGGCACUCUCAUUCAGGUCUCCAAAGAACCGACGGCAUGUUCGGGUCCCUGGUCAUCCGUGAACCCGAAGAACAAGACCCGUUGAAAGAACACUACGACGAGGAUGACUUCGAGCACAUGUUUGUUGUAACGGACUGGCUGGACGCGCUCGGGAUUGAUAAGUUCGUGAAUCACCAUCACACUGAGCAUGAUAAUAAACCUUACACGCUACUGGUCAACGGUCGAGGAAAACACGUUAUGUUUGAGAGAGACGACGUACAGACCUACACUCCUGUACAUGAGGUCGUUGUCAAGCCGGGAAAGAGGCACCGGUUUAGAGCCUUGAGCAACAGCAUACAGAAUUGCCCCAUUGUUAUUUCUGUAGAAGGACACAAAUUGCUUGCUAUUGCUACGGACGGGAUGCCCAUUCAGCCCAUUGAAGUGGACUCUCUCACGAUCUUCGGCGGCGAGAGAUGGGACUUCGUAGUGAACGCGACGGGAGUCAUUGACAGGAAGUUCAUUUUUAUGUCUCUGGUCGCCGUCAUGCGGUACGAGGGCGCCGAAGGCUACCCGGCGAGCCUACAGAACGUCACUUACGAGUCUACGAUUCCGGAGGGCCUUAACUUGAACAAGCUGAACGCGGCGCCGGGAGACGGAACGUUCGUAACCGCCGCCGAGAUCAGAGGCUUAGAGGAAGACGAAGCCAUUGCCAGAACACCUGACUACCAGUUCUGGCUUGACUUCGACUUCUACAGCAAAAAUAACGAGCUGUUUCACCACGAGGAACAUUAUCCCUUCUUUGGAGUGCAAAGGACCCACCGCGUGUACCUCCCCCAGAUCAACGACAUCAGCCUGAGACUCCCCAGCGUGCCUCCUCUCUCGCAACCCGAAGGCGUGGACGUCGAGAGGGACUUCUGCAACGCCACCUCCAAGGGCAAGGUGUGCUCUGACUCCUUCUGCUACUGCCCCCACGUCCUCAGCGUCGAGAAGGACAGGCUCAUUGAGCUCGUGUUGGUGGAUGAGGGUGUUGUUUACUGGGCCAACCAUCCUUUCCAUCUCCACGGCCAUACGUUCAAGGUGCUGGCCAUGGGACGCUUAGGGGAAGAAACGACCAUGAAAAAGGUGAAGGAACUCGACGCCGCCGGCCUGAUCAAGAGGAACUUCGACAACCCGCCCACGAAGGACACGGUGACGGUGCCUGACGGAGGUUACACAAUCAUACGCUUCUUCGCUACUAAUCCAGGCUACUGGCUCUUCCACUGCCACAUCAGCUUCCACGUGGAGGUGGGCAUGGGGCUGGUGUUCCGCGUGGGCGACCAGAGCAUGGUGCCCCCCGUGCCCAAGGACUUCCCCCGAUGCGGUCACUGGACACCUGACCCCGACCCCAACUUCAAGGCCAAGGUCAUGAGGUACGUCGAGGGUCAAACUCAGGUCACGGUGGACUUCGACCUCCUGGCCAACAGCUCCGACCACGCCCCCGGCCCCAGCUACUCCACGCCCGUCAGGAGGCCGACCAAAGCGCCCUCGAGAGCCACGGGCAUGCAGGGCACCAGCGGCGGGUCGACCUUAGCUCCAGCGACCUCGGGAUCUCUCUCUUCGCUGCUCCUUCUCCUGGCGUUCGUUUUGGCGCGAGGGUUCUGCCACGCGUAAAAAAAAGACCGUUACGGAUGGAGUUCAAAUAUUUGAAAAAAAAAGGAGAAGAAGAAAAAAACAAAAACGAAAACAAAGAAAUGUUAUCGAGAUUUCAGUCUGGCCGAAGCUGCGACUCCGUUUUUUGUUUUAGUUUUUAAUUCUCAUUAAUGUAUUCUUGUCAAGAACGUGUUUGGGUGAAAGAGUGCGUGAGAUUUUUUGUCGUUAUGUGCAAGUGUAUUUAGGUGUUUUUGAAAGAAUUAGUGUGUUUGUAACGAGUCUGAAACGUGUGUUUAGGUGUUAGUACUCUGUAUGCUUAUUGUAGUAUUUAAUACAUUUUCUAAACGGUGAUUGAAAUGCUUCGGUAAUAUAUCUUAUUUAUUUCAAAUAUCAAGAAGAUGACAAACAAAAAAACACAAAUUAAA